AUGAGUUUGCGAUUGUACAAUUACCGAGGAAUCAUUAGAUCUAUAGUGUAUGCUAGAUCAACGAAUUGCAUAAGAUCUGGGUUUUCACUUCCCCCAAGACACAUAACAAAUUCAUUUAACAGUAGCAAAAUUCAAUUCCAUACAUCUUCCCGUAUACUAUAUGAGACUAAAAAGACAAAGUUAAGUGAUUUAGAGAAGUCGCCAAAACCAUCAUCAAAACCAUCAUCAAAGCCAUUACCAUCAUCAAAGCCAUUACCAUCAUCAAAGCCAUUACCACCAUUAGACCCCAUAAGUCCACUUCAACCAUUAUUGCGUGAAAAUAUUUAUACGAUACCCAAUAUUUUAACUGCAACUAGAAUCAUUACUGCUCCUGCUGUAGGGUACUUUCUAAUAAAUCAACAAGCUGGGUUAGCGAUGUCGAUUUUCGUAUAUUCAUGCGUAACUGAUUUUAUUGAUGGAUAUAUUGCCAGAAAAUAUAACAUGAAAUCAAUUAUUGGAUCAAUAUUAGAUCCAAUGGCUGAUAAACUAUUAAUGACCAUAUGUACUGUAUCAUUAAGUUAUAUUUCGUCCAUGCCAUUGUACCUUGCAUGCUUAAUCAUUGGAAGAGAUGCAUUGUUGAGUUUUAUGGCAAUCUAUUAUAGAUAUGUAACUUUACCACCACCGAAGACGUUUAAGAGACUUAUUAAUAUUUCGAUUCCUACAGUUUCUGUUCAUCCGAACUUAUUAUCUAAGGUGAAUACAGGGUUACAAAUGGUUUAUAUUGGGAGCUUGGUAUUGCAACCUGCAAUCGAAUCAAUAAUGGCAGAAAAUUGGAUUGAAUCAUUCCAUUCAGGAUUAUAUGGAUUUGAAUUACUAGUAGCUACAACAACAUUUUUAAGUGGUUGCACGUAUAUUUUCUCAAAGAAGGCGAUAAAACCCGUUAGAUAA